ACAGUUAUUUGUUUUUAUUGUAUUUUUUCGCUGAAAAUACUGUUUGCGUACAGUUUACGCCUGUGUCAUUUUUUCUGCUACUGUUGUGAUAACGUGUCUUGAAUUUGCAUUUAUUCUACGAUCGUCAAUUAUAUCGCCGAUUGUUGAGUGAUAAACCUCUCCCACGAUGCUUCCCGGCAUUGGGAUGUUCGGUACCGGUGAAAUCACCAAAGUACUGGUACCUAUCCUCAGGGACAAGGGCUUCAACAUCGUAGCUAUUUGGGGCCGGACACUGAAGGAAGCUGAGGAAACAGCUCUCGAGCUGCAGAUUCCAUUCUUCACCAGUAAAAUUGACGACGUUCUGCUGCGAAAGGAUGUCGACCUGGUGUUCAUCACUUGCCCUCCGUAUCUUCACUCGCAAAUCUCGGUAAAAGCACUCGGGAUAGGAAAGCAUGUUGUCUGUGAUAAACCAAUGAGCCUAUUUCAAACCGAUGCCUUGAAAAUGGUGCGAGCUUGCCAGUAUUAUCCGUCGCUGAUAUCGAUUGUGAAUCACUCGUUGCGAUUCUUGCCAGCCGUUGUGCACAUGAAGAAAGCGAUACAGGAGGGCUACCUGGGCCAUCCAGAUAAACUAUCACUUAUUGAUGUUAAGGUCAGAAUGAGUUCCUUGUUUCAUAACAAAUUUGAUUGGCUUUGCGAUGAGACGAUGGGUGGAGGCGUACUGAAUCUAGUUGGCAGUCACGUAAUUGAUUUGGUCAAGUUCCUUACCGAACAGAAAGCUAUAAAGGUUCACGGGACUGUCCGGACGUACGUCAAGCAUAUAGGUCAAAUCAAUGGCAUUCGACAGAUCACUGCGCCAGAUUUCUGCACCUUCCAGAUGGAACUACAAAGUGGCACUUUGGUCACGGUGAACAUCAAUUGCCAUAUUUCGAACAAUACGUUCCAUCAAGAGGUAGUCGUUUAUGGCACAGAAGGACAUCUAACGGUAAGAGGUGGGGAUCUCGUUGGCCAUCGAGUGACUGGUGAUUCGGGAGCAAUAAAAGAGGAAAUGCUGUAUGUGGAUGUUCAGGAUCUACAAUUUUCCACAUCGGAAACGACACUGCCGCGACCUUACGUUAAGGGACUGUGUAAGAUGGUAGGUGCGCUGAGGGAUGCCUUCCAUCCGACGAAAGAGUCUACCGGGUGGAUUAAGGAACCAGUUCAAGCUGCUGCCACCUUUGAGGAUGGACUUUACGUUCAGGCUGUGCUGGACGCCAUUCGGAAAUCUAGCGAGGAGCGAUGCUGGGCAAAGGUAAAUGUUUCUUCGGAAUCUCCUACAAAUCAAAAGUUUCUAUCUGCGGCCAGAAUGGCAUCUGCGACUGCACUUCACUGAAGCGCUUAGAUUCGACACUAUACAGUAUUAGGACAUGUUGAGGUUUGUUUUUUUUUUCAUUUCAUACAGCCGUUAGAAAUAAGUUAUUAUUUAACUCUCAAUAAUCUAAUAAUAUGUGCGUGUUUUUACAAUGUAUUUUUUCUAUAUGUUAUAUGCUUUUAUUAAUUGUUCAAAGCCUUUUUGCUACAUGUUAUCUGUAUAUCUAAACACAAAUAUAUUCUUGUCUGACACCUAA